AUGAUCAACUCUGUUGCUCUUCUGGCUCUUGCCAGCCCGGCCUUUGCCGGUCUCAUGCAGGCUCGUGGCGAGGAAUUCAUCCGUCCUUCCCCUCAGGCCUCUGGUGCUGCUGCUGCCCCUGCCCAUGCUGAGGGCUGGGGUGAGAGCUGGUCCAAGCCGGCCGGGCACGUCUCGACUCACGACUCCUGGAGCAAGACCACUGAGUCGUGGACCACCCCGUGCACCACCUCGACCACCACCACCCCGGUGCAUGAGCACACCACCACUCCCCCGGUACACAGUCACACCACCACCCCGGUGCCUGAGUCCAGCUUCACUGUGGUGAACGGAACCACCGUCCCCUGCACCACCCCUGUGCACCCUACCACCACCUCGGUGCCUGAGUCCAGCUUCACUGUGGUGAACGGAACCACCGUCCCCUGCACCACCCCUGUGCACCCUACCACCACCUCGGUGCCGGUGUCCAGCUUCACUGUGGUGAACGGAACCACCGUCCCCUGCACCACCCCGGUGCACCCUACCACCACCCCCCACGUCCCCGUGAAGCCUGGUACCACCAAGACCCUCACUUACGUGACCACAUCCUGCCCUGUCACCUCGUCUACGGUCACCUCUGGCUCUAAGACCUGGACCGUUCCCGUCACCGAAACAAGCACCAUCACCAUCUCCAAGACUACCGUCUGCACCCUGUGCGACGAGAAGCCUUUGACCUUCCACAACGCCACUCAGCCCGCCACCGGAGGCCCUACUGCAGGCCCUACUGCAGGCCCUACCGCCCCCGUUCUGAAGCCCACUGGAGAUGUCGUGGUUCCUCCCAAGCCCGUUCAGAGCAAGCCCAUUCAGACUAAGCCCGCUCAGACUAAGCCCGUUGAGCCCAAGCCCGUUGAGACCAAGCCCGUUGAGACCAAGCCCGCUGUCCCUGCUCACUCUCAGCCCGCCGUCUCCCACCCUGCUGUCCCCGCUCAGUCUCAGCCUGGUGUCCCCGCUCAGUCUCAGCCUGGUGUCCCCGCUCAGUCUCAGCCCGCUGUCCCCGCUCAGUCUCAGCCUGGUGUCCCCGCUCAGUCUCAGCCCGCUGUCCCCGCUCAGUCUCAGCCCGCUGUCCCCGCUCAGUCUCAGCCCGCUGUCCCCGCUCAGUCUCAGCCCGCUGUCCCCGCCAAGUCUCAGCCCGCUGUCCCCGCUCAGUCCGAGCCUGCUGUCUCCCGGCCUGCUCCUUCCAAGCCUGCCGAGACCAAGCCCGCUGCCCCUAAGGAGACCAAGCCCGCUGCCCACCCCUCCGGUACCCCCUCCACCCCGGAGACCCCUGAGACGCCCUCUACCCCUGAGCAGCACGGUGCCACCCCCUCCUCCGAUGACUUCACCGGUGCCGCCUCCAACGUCAAGCCCGUUGCUGGUCUCCUUGCCGGUGUUGUUGGUCUCAUGGCUCUCCUGUAA